CCACUCCCGGCUGCCUCUGCAUUGGAGUGAAGGCAAGUCGGACAGCGGAGCUGUCAACGUCGAGUGCUGCGGCAGCUUUCCGGGCGAGGGGUAUACUUCACAGUCUUCAUCUCAUCUGUCACCCUGGCAAAACAAAAACACACACAGCGGGUUCACCAGCACACUUUUUAAAACAAAAAAAAUACUCGAACUUAACAAACAUUGGGGAAGUGAGGGCUUUGCAAGUGUUCGUGUCACCCGAGCUUCUGUCUAAUGCUGAAGCAGACGCCCACUCUUUUAGCGAUGCCCGUUAACGGGGAUCGGCAUGCCAGCAGGCUGGAAGGAGAGAGCCGAAACCGGGAGAAGCCAGAGGCUGACAGCGAUCGCUGCCGGACCCGGGACAGGCUGGAAGCGACCCUGGCGGGGCUAGGGGAGCUGGAUUUCCUGAAGCACCGGCAGCAGUACUUGGUUCGGGGCGCAAUGGAAUUGCUGAAACCUGCGGAAGGCGAACAGGGAAAGGGAUCUCCAGGAGAACUUUACCUGACCCCUGAGGAAAAGCGAUUAGAAGAUAACAUUCUCAUGUUAAGGAAACAGUUGAACUGUUUGAGGAGGAGAGAUGCUGGCCUCAUAAAUCAGCUGCAGGAGCUGGAUCGACAGAUCAGUGACCUUCAGCUGGACGUAGAAAAGGCUUCAAAUGACAACUUAGAAACAGACAGUCGACCAAGCUCAGGUUUUUAUGAAUUGAGUGAUGGGACAUCUGGAUCACUUUCGAAUUCCUCUAAUUCUGUUUUCAGUGAAUGUCUAUCCAGUCACUCUAGCACCUGCUCCUGUGGCCCACCAGAUGCAUCACUGAUCAUCACAGAUGGGCGACCAAAAUCAACAGAGGAUUUCAUUGGCUGGAGGGACCAUGGAGAGGGUCUGCUUGACUGUCAGUACCCGGGUAUUGUUCGCCGCUCCUUCUCCGCACCGUAUUCUAGCUCAGUUGACGUCGCUGCUGACAUCCAUCCCAAGUAUCAAUGUGACUUGAUUUCCAAGAACGGUAGUGAUGUAUAUCGAUAUCCAAGUCCUCUACAUGCAGUUGCAGUCCAGAGUCCAAUGUUUUUUCAUCCUACAGCUGGAAGGGUUAAAGAGGAGGAGAAGACCCAGUAUGACAUAGCUGACCUGUCAGUGGCACCUCAGUUGGAGACUGUAAACAUUGAGCCUGCUGUUCCAGCCUCUCAGAACAGUUCCUGCCCAGCUGUACACCCUUCAGCAACUAAAAGACUCGAUAAUUACAUAUUUGGUCUUAUUCAGAAGAAAAUCCAGCUAGUCAGGCCAAAUAAGCCGAGAACAAGCCUGAAUACAGAUCCGUUAAAGGGAAUCUUGAAGCAAGGUAGUAUCUGUGUCAGACAAAUUGCUUGUAUCUCACCAUGUACUAAUGAACUGAAAGUGUUCAGGAAUGUCUAUACAAAUCCUCCCAUAUCCAACACUUCAGAAAACAGUGUAACAUCACCACAGAGGCAACUUCUGAACAAUGACAAUGCACAAGACAACAAAAAUACGCAACUAUGUAAAAUUGAAUCAACAAAUAAUCGAAUAACUUUUAAUCAGGAUAGUAUUAAUGAAUUGCAGACUAGUAGCCUCUCAAAGAAGAGGACUAAUGUGGCAAAUGGACUACCUAAAUGCACUGUGCCUGUAGAUUGUCAAGAAGGGAAUAGUGAAGGUGGCUCUUGCACACCAAAAGAUAUUUCAUAUCAGUGUGUGACAGUACAUGAAGAGACCAGUGUUGUACAACCUCCUAAAGUGGUGUCUCCUAAAAAACUCACAAGGCCACCUCCAAUGUCUCCCACUAUGGAAGAGAAGCCAUCACUUGAUGUCAGGAGUGAAGGGUCCUCCGUGCAGAGCUUAGAGGAUAGUGGGCAGUUAGUGAAUGCCCAGUUCAUCCCAGCACAGCAGCAAGUGGUAAAACCCCGUAAAGGUACUAAAAAUAUAAAGAUUGUCAAAGUUAAGAAUACUACUUUGAAAUCCAGAGCAAACUGUGACGUGGCUGCUGAAACAAACGUUCAAGCCUUAAAACAAAAACCCAAAGCUGUUGCAAAAAAAUGCCAUUUUUCCAACGAUGUUGUCCAUGUAAAGCGAAAUGUAAGGAGGCCGACUUCCAGAGCAAAGAAUGGAGUUUAUACGCUAUCUGAGAACAGCAUCCUGGGUAGACAGGCUGGGGCUAGACCUGCUAAAUGUAGCAGGCAAGGAAGAGAAGUUGUUCUGGUCAAAUCCAGAUACAAACAAAGGGUUGAUUACCGAAAGUGGAGACCCCCUGUUGAAGUUUCUCAUGAAGAAGCGAUGAGACGAUUUAGAAGACGCAGUAGGAGAGAAGCACUCUGUCAUAUGCCUGGUGUGUAUGCAAAGACCAAUUUGCCGAAUAAUGGUGUUUGUGCCCUCAGAGGAAGUGAUUCGGAAUACUCUGCUGAGUGUGAAUCAUUAUUCCACUCCACCGUCGCAGAUACUAGUGAGGAUGAGCAGAGCAAUUACACCACCAAUUGCUUUGGAGACAGUGAAUCUAGUUUGAGUGAGGUGGACUUUGUAGGGGAAACGACUAGUUCUAGUGACUCUGAUGAGAAUGGUGCCGUAGUCUGGCCUCAGUUUAGCCAGUCUCAUCCUGUGCAAGUAUCUACUUCUGAGUUAAAGAAGCCUCCGCCAAAGGCUUUUGUUAAAAUCAAAGCAUCACACAACCUAAAGAAGAAAAUUCUCCGUUUCAGAUCUGGAUCUCUCAAGUUAAUGACAACUGUUUAAAAGAAUGUCUGAUAUUUGUUGUGUUAAAAAUGAAGGUGAUAUUGGUUCUUAUUUUGAUUUGUAAAUUGUAAGAUGGGUAUUUUAAAAGUUUUUUUCUGUCAGAACUAAGCAUGUAAGAAGUUUUUAAACUAUCAGUAUUUUACGUGCAUGAUUAUUUGUUUCAAUAUUGGCACCAUAUU